AUGGGUUUCACGACCACCUCCAUUCCUUCCGUUCCCGAGGCCGCACUUAUGGUCCAACCCGAGCCUCCACCUGCUGCACCGGUACCGGCAUCGGCUCUUGCUUACAGCCCUCAGUCUUCCGUCACCUCCUCGCCCUCUGCGUCGCUUUAUGCUGGCAAACUCGACCCCACCGUCACUGAAGCCAUGUUGUUCGAGAUCUUCAAUACAAUCAGUCCUGUUGCAAGCAUCUGUGCCUGCCGUGACGCUGUGACGCAUCGCUCCCUCGGAUACGCGUACGUUAAUUACCUCAACACUAGCGAUGGUGAGCGUCCCCUUGAGCAGGUCAACUACUCGCUUAUCAAGAACUGCGCAUGCCGUAUCAUGUGGUUCCAGCGUGAUCCUGCUUUGCAUACAACUGGUCAAGGUCACAUGUUCAUUAAGAACCUUGACGAGGCUAUUGACAACAAAGCCCUCCAUGACACAUUUGCUGCCUUUGGUGACGUCUUGUCGUGCAAGGUUUCCACCGAUGCGCAGGGCCGCUCGAAGGGUCAUGGUUUUGUACACUAUGAGAUUGCCGAGGUUGAUACUGUCAUCAAAGCUGUCAAUGGCAUGUUCUAUGUCGGUCACCACAUCUCUCGCAAGGAACGCCAAUCCAAGUUACUUUGGACAUAG